CCCUUUGAACAUUCUCCUCCUCCCAUAAUGUCGGCCGCGGUGCUGCGCAACUUCAAAAGAGAGGAGAAGGUAUGAGAGGAUGGUGACGUUCCUCCGGCCGCUCCCUCACGCCCAUGGACCGACCGCCGUCAACGUUCGCCUCCGGAGAAGCCACCGCCUCCAUUCGCCGUCGUCGUUGCUCCCCUGCCGCUGCGGCUGCCUCACGCCCAUGGCGGAGGACCCCCCGCACCCCCACCAGCCAACAAAGGGGGACGACACUGUCCCGAUCUCACAACAGCAACCAGAGCAGCAGCUGCCGCCAGCGCCACCUUCGCCGCCGCCCGACGUCCAGGAACCAAGUACGAGCAGUAGCAGCUGCGGCGACACCAGUUCCUGGCUGCAGCUCGGUACCGGACAGUCGGGUUCGUCGUCUUUGCGCGGGAAACGGACAAGAAACGACUAUGAAGCUGGACCCUCGUCGUCCAUACAACCAGACGCUUCGCCGCCGCUGUCAGAGCUAGGGCUGUCUCUGUUCCCAGCUGGUUAUUCGUCGCCGUCGGUGGCGGCGGGUUCAGUGGUGGCGGCGGCGCCUCCUCCAGCGCACGAGGCCGGCACAUGGUUCGUGCUCCAGGCGGCGCAUAACCAGAGAAGGGAGCCGCCAUUGCCGCAGGUGCACAGGAGCUACUUGAGGGUUAGAGACGGGCGGAUGACAGUUAGAGUAGUGAUGGGGUACCUGGUUAGCAAGCUGGGUCUUGAGGACGAUUCACAGUUAGAGAUUACUUGUCGAGGUCACAACCUUCUCCCGGUGAUGACACUGCGGCACGUGCGAGACACUAUUUGGCGGCCCCCACCAGCAGAGGAUGCAGAAAUUUUGCGAGUCCCUGGCUCGCCCAGCACGAACCAGGUCAUGACAUUGCAUUAUGGCAGGAGAUAACACUUGAAGAAUGGAACACUUAUAGACACACCUACCUUUUUCAUACUGUAAUUAGUUUUUUCACUAAGCGCAGCCACUAAUACCCUCUUUUCCCUAUUUCCUAACACCUAAUCUUCACUAAGAUUUUUAGCACCCACUAUCUUCACUAAGAAUAAUAGAUUAUACUAGGUAACCCCCAAUUGUAAGUGUACUUGAGAAAUAUGAGAAAUGAUUUAUUUCUUAUUUAUUUAACUAAAAUAUAUUGAAUUUGUUCCCACGCUCUACAUUUGUUCAGAAAACGGAAGUUUCGUAGCAUCAGAUGGUCUUUCAAGGUUUUAACAACAUAUUUUCAACAGAACACAAAUAAAAGAAAAGAUUGAAAGAGA